AUGCUGGAGACCUUUGGGAAUCUUGCUGCUAUAGGCUACGUUUGGGAAGACCAUAAUAUUGAAGAACAUUUUCAAAGUUCUAGAAGAAGCGGAAGGCAUGAAAGCAGCCAUCCUGAAGAGCAGCCCUCUCAGUUUAUUCAAUGUGGGAAAGCCUUUGUACGUCACAGUUAUCUUCAUACUCAUAAAAGAACACUUACUGGAGAGAAAGCCUUUGAAUGUAACCAAUGUGGUAAAGCCUUUGCAAAAAAAUAUCAUCUCUUAAGACAUAAAAGAGUACAUACUGGUGAGAAACCCUACAAGUGUAACCAAUGUGGUAAAGACUUUGCAAGUCACAGUUCUCUUCCAAUGCAUAAAGGAAUUCAUACAGGAGAGAAACCUUAUGAAUGUAACCAAUGUGGUAAAGGAUUUAUAAGUCAAAGUAGUCUCCGAAUACAUACAAGAACACAUACAGGAGAGAAACCCUAUGAAUGUAAUCAAUGUGAUAAAGCUUUUUCACGUAAAAAUAGUUUCCUGUAUCAUCAAAAAACACAUACUGGAGAGAGACCCUAUGGAUGUAAUGAAUGUGAAAAAGCCUUUAUAUCUUACGGUCAUCUUCAUGUGCAUAAAAGAACACAUACUGGAGAGAAACCCUUUGAAUGUAACCAGUGUGGUAAAGCUUAUUCAAGAAACAGUCAUCUCCUAGAACAUAAAAGAGUGCACACUGGAGAGAAACCUUAUGAAUGUAAGCACUGUGGCAAAGCCUUUGCAACUUCCAGUAGUCUCCGAGUGCAUAGUAGAAGACAUACUGGAUAGAAACCCUAUGAAUGUAAUCAGUGUGAUAAAGCCUUUUCAUGUGUAACUGGUCUCCUGUGGUAUAAAGGAAGACAUAACACAUAUAG